CACCGCUGUACACGAGCGUCCGUCACCGUGUUGAUCCAACCUUGCAGGCCAAGAGACAGAUACGCCACGAUUUCUCUUCACCCGUGCCACGCCACGCCGCGGUCGGUUCGCGCCUCCCGACGCGACGCACGGCGACGAGACGGUCCCCCUUCCCUCCCGGCCUCCCGUCCCCGGCCGCCUCCCGCCGUCCGGCGCCGCCCGCCCAUCAAUCCAACUCCGAAUCCUCCUCCCCUAAACCCCCCCGCGGCGCCGCAACCGACCAACACGUGGGAGGAGGGCGAGUCGAGCGUAGACGAGGUGGGGAAUUCGAGUGUUCGACCGGGGGCGGAAGCAUGAGCUUGGCCUCCCCCGCGCCUAGGCGUCGUCGAGCUCGAAUCGGGAGAUAAGGAAGCCAGCGGCGGGCGCGAGCACCUGGGGUGGGGGGAGAUGGCCUCGCAGGAGGAUGACCGCGCGGGCGGCGGCGGCGGCGGAGGGAGGAAGGAGCAGGAGCGGCGCCCGUCCAAGGCGUGGGGGAUCCUCCUCUUCGGCCUUAUCGGCGCCACCACCGCCACCUUCGCGGUUGCUCAAGUUCGCAGAAGUGUUGAUUGGGUCUACAGUCAGUUGAAUAAGAUACAGACAACAUCUUGGAGGAACGCAAGUAACAGCUCUAAUCGUGGAAGUUUUAGUGAGGAUGCUAGGAGAAGAUAUUACCAACGUAUGCAGCAGGAAUAUGAAGAGGAACAAGAGAGAGUUCAAAGAAUAAGACACAUGCAAAGUGUUUUCAAUAGAGAGAGGAACAAGUUUAGGAGAAGUUAUGAAGCUUGGAGGGAGAAUGGCCCUCCAGGUGGAUAUAAUUAUGUCCCACGGGAUGACUGGUACUGGCAGUCAGAUACAUCACACUCAGAACAUAAAAAUAGGCGGACAUAUACUCCUGCAGGACCUAGGGCAUAUUCUAUGUCACAUCACUAUACGGUCCUUGGUCUCGAUAGGUCGCGAACAACACCAUAUACUGAUGCAGAAGUCAAGAAUGCUUUUAGAACAAAAGCAAUGGAGGUUCACCCCGAUCAAAAUCAAGACAAUAGAGAGGCUGCAGAAGAGAAGUUCAAGGAGGUCGUCAAAUCAUACGAAGCAAUAAAACUGGAGAGAAAAAAUGAUGAAAGAUGAAUGUGAAUACGUAGCUUCACUGGAGCUCAUUGGGAACAUAGAAAGGAUUAAUGAAAACAAUACCAUAUCAGCAGACCUUGCAAUCAAGUGGAUGAUCAGUAAGGUUCGGCUGUGGCUUUUGAUAGCCUGUAACACAAGUUAUAUUUGAAGUUUUUGCUUGGGAGCACACGGCCCUGAUGUAGAGUAGGAUAUUUUGUCGACAAAGGUGCAAAAGAAAAUAGCUCACUGCGCUACUAAUCUGAGGUGCAUAAUUUGGACAGCGGCUGAGCAUUUUUGUUGUGUAUGCCUGCUGAUUCAAUUUUUAUUACUUGUAGAAAGUAGAGUGAAGAUUGGAUCGAAAAUAAUAUAGAGCCAUAAUACUGUAGCAAAAAUGUUUAUUACUCUGUUGAGCAGUAGCUGUCCUCUAGUGCACAAUGGUACUGUCUGCGCUAAUGAUGCAUCUAUGGACAACCAUAAUCCAAUUAAUUCGGUUUGGUACACCUGAUACUGUUGAUUCUGCUUAGACCAGGUACAAUAGCAAGC